AUGUCCUCAGCUCCUGAUAUAGAUCCAUAUGCUGCACUUGGUAUAGCCAAAGAUGCGACUCUCUCCGAGAUCCGGGCUGCCCAUCGCAAGCGAGUGCUGAAAUGCCACCCAGACAAGAUCCAAGAUGAGUCGCAGCGGAAUGCCGCCCAAGAUGAAUUCCAGAGAGUUCAACAAGCCUACGAGCUCCUCUCAGAUGAGUCCCGACGAACCAAAUAUGACGCCAAAGUCAACAGGUUAGCCGAAUUGAAGGCCGAGUUGGAACGCAGACGAACAGAGUCAUAUGGCUCUCCACGGGGAAGUGGUUCCAACAACCGAGAAUACCGCAAUGGUCGGAUCGUGGAGGAACGAGCUCCCUUGGAAUCGUAUUUCGAUGAACAACUGCGAUUUACAGCGGAACCACGUCCAAUGUCUCGCAAAUACGAGGAAUAUGGCAUGCGUUCUAAGACCAAGCCCACGGAGGAAAAGAAGAAGAAGGCUCCAUCAACUCCGAUGAGUGCUUUCUACGCCGCGAAGGAGCAGCGGGAAUCAACCAAGGCCACCCAUUCCGACCGCGCCAAGACCCGCGACCAAGAGCGACGCCGACAAGCCUCGGCCAAAUACGACACAUUCGAAUCUUAUGCUGAAUCCGACGAUGCUUCAGAAUCUGAUGCUCCCAGAUCCGUCUUUACCAAACGAACAGCAACCCCGCGCAGAGAGCGCGAAUCCUGGUCCAGGCCAGAGCCCUCCCGCCGCGAACGCUACGAUGACGAAGAUUUCUCCGAUCAUUGGCAAAGCAAGAUCAACACCAAAACAACCAGCGCGGAGGACUACAUCGCAUCCAAGGGUCGAACCUCAAAGUCCCCACGCCCAUACCGUGGUUACGAUUCAACGGAACCAGACUCGUCCGGUUCGCGGCCAGGACGAUCCACCCGCCCGACAACAAGACGCCCAUCAAUAUCCCGCGGCACUUCCUACGACUACAAUGAGUCGCCUCGUGAGAAGCCAAAGAUGCCAACUGCUACAACUUCCCCAAGUAUCAAGUCCUCUCUCCGCCCCUCAUUCCUGAACCAUCGUGCAGCAACCUCCAGUGGCUUCAGUCGUCCCAAGCGCGAAAGCACGCUCUACGGAAUGGCCCACGAAUCCAUACCCUCUUUACGCUCUUCAAAGCCCCGCGAUCGCUACGAUUCCGGAUAUUCCAGCCCAACGACGCCCGAAAUGACGACGCGGGGCAGUUCCCCCAAGACACACACUCGGUACAAGAUCGUCGAAGAGCCAGAUCGCGUCGUCGUAGAACCAAAGUCUGCCUCGUCAAAGUACCGCUCCUCAUCCCCAGACCGCGCCGAAAGAACAUCCUCUUCGGCGCGCCAGCCCCCAAAGCGGAGUAGUACGUUCCAGAAUUACCCCGCUGGAUCGCCAUCGUCUCCUCGCAUUGAAGUCCGCCCUUCGCGACCUUCAAGGCCGGCGUCGCAUCGCGAUACCGACUACUCUCCUCGUCCAAAGGAGAAGGAUGUCAAAUACUCUCGGGCUUAUGGGCCCGAAGACAUCAGUUACUCGCCCCGUCGCCAUUAUUAUGAUGAGGACAGUCGUCCUUCUAAUGUGGGCAGACGCCAGUCUGCUUACGCUUACUAG